GAAAUGAUCGAUAUGACUGAGAAGGAGGAGCCGAUGAUCAGCGAGGAGGAGGCGGCUCAGUAUGACCGGCAGAUCCGCCUGUGGGGGCUGGAGGCUCAGAAGAGGUUACGAGGAUCUCGUAUGCUCCUGGUGGGUUUAGGUGGUUUGGGAGCUGAAGUGGCCAAGAACCUGAUCCUGGCUGGAGUGAAAAGACUCACUCUGCUGGAUCAUGAACAGGCCACAGAAGAGUCUUGCCGAGCACAGUUUCUGGUUCCUGCCAUGGCUCAAGGUCGGAACCGAGCAGAAGCCUCUCUGGAACGAGCACAGAACCUCAAUCCCAUGGUGGAGGUCCAUGCUGAUUCUGAACGAGUAGAAGGCAAACCGGAUGACUAUUUCCUGCAAUAUGAUGCGGUUUGUCUGACAGGCUGCUCCAGAGACCUAAUGGUGCGAGUGGAUCAGCUCUGCACACAGCACAACAUCAAAGUCUUCUGUGGGGACGUCUAUGGAUACUAUGGUUACAUGUUCUGCAACCUUGGACAGGAGCACAGCUACGUCGAGGAGAAAAAUAAAGUUGUGAAACUGACUGGAGAUGCCAGUGACGGUCCAAAGGCAAAGAAAACUAAAGUUGACACAAAUGAGACCACAAUGUUGAAAAAGAAAAUCAGUUUCUGCUCACUGAAAGAAGCUUUGGAGGUCGACUGGACAACCGAGAAGGCCAAAGCCAGUCUGAAGAAGACGCCUGCUGAUUACUUUCUGCUUCACGUUCUGUUGAAGUUCCGUACAGACAAAGGUCGUGACCCUGAGCCACAGUGCUUUGCAGAGGACAGUAAGCUCCUGGAACAGAUCCGUAAUGACGUCCUUUACGCCUUGGGAGUGAAAUGUGACAUCUUGAAUGAUGAUUUUAUCAGCUACUGUUUCAGUGAGAUGUCACCAGUUUGUGCUGUGGUGGGGGGCGUCCUGGGACAGGAAGUUGUUAAGGCUCUGUCCCACAGGGAUGCUCCUCACAGGAAUUUCUUCUUCUUCGAUGGCCGUAAAGGCAAUGGAGUGGUCAGCUACUUUGGAUCAAACUAAGCAGUUGUCCCCUUUGCAUGGAGAACUCAAGCAUCCAACAAAAAAAUGAAGUUGACGAAAAGCCCCC